AAGUCUACAAACAGAACUCCAUCAGCGUGAACUGAAGUUAUCCUAAGGAAAAUCUCAUUGCAUGGAUUGUGUAAACUCACUGAGACUGAAGUAAAGCUGGAAAGGAAUCUACGAGUGAAUAAAACUAGAAGUUUGGAAUUGGAUUUGGGGAAUCUGGGCUUGGAAAUGCCUCAGCCCAGUGUGAGUGGAAUGGACCCUCCUUUUGGGGACGCCUUUCGGAGCCAUGUGUUUUCAGAGCAGACUCUGAUGAGCACGGAUCUCUUGGCAAGCAGUUCAGAUCCAGAUUUCAUGUAUGAACUGGACAGAGAAAUGGACUAUCAGCAAAGCUCCAGAGACAACUUACUUUCAAUGGAGGACUGCAAAGACCUUGAGAACUUGGAGUCUUUUACGGACAUCCUGGACAAAGAAGCUGCUCUCACCUCAAAGUGGGAACAGUGGGACACCUACUGUGAAGACUUAACUAAGUACACUAAAUUAACCAGCUGUGACAUCUGGGGAACAAAAGAGGUGGAUUAUUUAGGCCUUGAUGACUUUUCAAGCCCAUACCAAGAUGAAGAGGUGAUAAGCAAAACACCAACACUGGCUCAGCUUAACAGUGAGGACUCACAGCCUGUUUCUGAUUCACUUUAUUACCCUGAUUUGCUCUUUAGUGUAAAACAAAACCCUUUAACUUCUUUGUUACCUGGAAAAAAAAUUGCAACCAGAGCAGCAGCCCCAGUCUGUUCCUCCAAGAACGUUCAGGCUGAGGCACCUUUGUCAGACUGUGUUCAGAAGGCAAGCAAACCUGCAACCCAGCCUGCUUCCAGUACACAAAUCACGGUGAAGACCAAUGUGUACAACAAUGAAAAGGUGAACGUUCAUGUUGAAUGUAAAGACUAUGUUAAAAAGGCAAAAGUAAAGAUCAAUGCUUUACCACAGGGCAGACCGGUGCUGAGCCAGACACAUGCUGAUGCAGCAAAGGAAAACACCUGCUAUUGUGGUGCUGUAGCAAAGAGACAAGAAAGAAAAGGAAUAGAGUCCCCACAUAGUCACAGUACACCUCCUGUUUUGCCUUUUAAAGAGACUCAAGAACUGCUCCUCAGUCCACCCCAGGAAACCCCAGGGCUUAUUGUGGGGGAGAGCAGUCAUUCUGCCAGCGCAUCAGUGUCAGAUUCUUCACAGAAGAAAGAAGAGCACAACUAUUCUCUUUUUGUAACAGACAGUUUGGGUGAACAGUUGGCCAAAGGAGACCCUGAGGAGGAGGAGGAUGAUGAGGACGAUAUUGAGGAUGAGGACCAUGAUGAAGGAUUCGGCAGUGAGCACGAGCUGUCUGAAAACGAUGAUGAGGAGGAAGAUUAUGAGGAUGAUAAAGAUGAUGACAUCAGCGAUACCUUCUCAGAACCAGCAGUAACACUUAGUGGGUCUUCAAAGGAUACUGAAUCCCUCUCUUCUGCAUGUAGAAAUGGAGCCUUAACAACAGAAAUAAGAACUAACCUUCACCUAGAAGGGUAUGAAAAUGAUUCUGUGGAGGAUUUAAAAGAAAUGACUGCAAUAUCCUCUCGGAAAAGAGGCAAGCGAAGAUACUUCUGGGAGUACAGUGAGCAACUAACACCAUCGCAACAGGAAAUAAUGCUGAGGCCAUCUGAGUGGAAUCGAGAUACCUUGCCAAGUAACAUGUAUCAGAAGAACGGUCUCCAUCAUGGAAAAUAUGCAGCAAAGAAAUCACGGAGGACUGAUGUAGAAGACCUGACUCCCAACCCCAGAAAACUUCUGCAGAUUGGUAAUGAACUGAGGAAGCUGAAUAAGGUGAUCAGUGACCUGACGCCAGUCAGUGAACUUCCCUUAACUGCCAGACCGAGGUCAAGAAAAGAAAAGAACAAGCUGGCUUCCAGGGCUUGUAGACUAAAAAAGAAAGCCCAGUAUGAAGCCAAUAAAGUAAAACUCUGGGGUCUCAACACGGAAUAUGAUAGUUUGCUGUUUGUGAUCAACUCCAUUAAACAAGAAAUAGUUAAUCGGGUGCAGGUACCUAAAGAUGACAGAGGAGUCAACAUGGAACAAAAGUUGAAAGUACUUAUUAAAGACACUCUUGGACUACCUGUAGCUGGACAGACGUCAGAAUUUGUGAAUCAAGUUUUAGAGAAGACUGCAGAAGGAGACCCCACCGGCGGCCUUGUAGGGCUACGAAUACCAAUGUCUAAAGUUUAA